AUGGGUUUCGAGCAGGGCGAUGCUAAGAAGGGUGCCAACCUCUUCAAGACCCGCUGCGCUCAGUGCCACACCCUGAAGGAGGGCGAGGGCAACAAGAUCGGCCCCAACCUACACGGUCUCUUCGGCCGCAAGUCCGGCCAGGUUGAGGGUUUCUCAUACACCGACGCCAACAAGCAGAAGGGUGUUGAGUGGGGCAACGAGACUCUCUUCGAGUACCUCGAGAACCCCAAGAAGUACAUUCCCGGAACCAAGAUGGCUUUCGGUGGUCUCAAGAAGCCCAAGGACCGCAACGACUUGAUCACCUUCCUCCAGAACGAGACCAAAUAA